AAUAAUAAAGUAAUUAAAUACCAAUCUUUGCGAUUUUGGACAAGAAAUAUUCUUUCUGUAAUUUUACCAUUUAUUGUACUUGCUUAUUGUAAUUUAUGUAUUGUUCAAGUAUUGAGACGCCGUCGAAGAAAGAAGACAAUGGAUUAUUCUACUUCAAUUAACAGUCUAAAUGACAAUCAACAAAAUUUAAUACCCUCUUUUAAUAAUAAUAAAAGAAUUAUUAAUGGAAACAGUCAAUCACCUUCACUUAAUCAAAAUAAAUUUAUUGGAUGUUCACCUACUAAACAAAGAAUUACUUUAUUUAAAUGUGCUUAUGCCCCUCUUAUUUUGGAUUUGAGAAAUAAACAAAAUAAAAAGUUAGAAGAACGUUUACCAUCAGAAAAUAGUAAUAAUGAAACGAACAAAAAUUCUCCAUUACCUGUUGAUAAUGGAAAAAUUGGUGUUAGAAUUGCAACAAGAACUCUUGUAAUGGUUGUUGGCUGUUAUUUAAUUUCAAAUUCACUAAGUACAGCAUUAAAUAUUUGGGAAUAUUUUGAUUUGAAAUUAUUACGUCAAAAUAAUUUUCAUAUUUAUUUGAUGAUAACUGAUAUUGCUGCUUUGUUAACAAUUUGUGGUUGCGCCCUUCGUUUACCAAUUUAUGUUUCAAAUGAUAAAAGAAUUAGAAAAGCAAUAUGUCGAGUAUUUAUUCGUUUACGUUUUGGGUUUUGUAAAAAUUCAAAGCCAAAAUCUGAGGAAAUUUUGAGGCAGGAAGGGAUUGAAAGAUUUUUAGAGAAAUAUUCAAUUGCUAUUGUUUCUAAUAGUUUAAGGAGUAAUUUAACUGGAAAUUUUGAAAAUAAAGGAAUUAACCAAUUAGCAAUGUUAUUACAAAAUAGACGAAGAUUUCUUGUGCAAAUGACAAUUAAUUUAGGGCAAAAUAGUAGAAAUUUUGAUUUAAGUGCUGUUAGGGAAAUUGAAACAACAGAAGAGGAAAACAGAAAAGAAAAUGAUGAAGAAAUUAAAUUAUAAAU